AUGCUACGAACUAGCGGGUACCCGGACGAAUAUGGCGACAUCACCGCCGCCAUCCCACCCGUCGCCGCCCAACUCGACCAAAUCAGGGAAACCGCCGACUUUUCGCGUCGACUCACGCAAAAUGAGCUUCUGACGGUGUCUGGCCUUGGCGAACGCUACUACACGAAGGGCCGCGAAUUCGAGCUCAUUCGCACUCUGCCGAUACCACAAGAGCUUCACACACAGCAGCUGCAGACCCGAGCCCGAUGCGAGUUGGGGCUGUUCCCCGAAAUUGGCCGUGCCUGGGUGGCCAUUGAUUGCGAUAUUUAUAUGUGGAACUAUGAGACAAAUGAUGAUCUCGCCUAUUUCGACCAAAUCCAGAACACCGUCGUCAAGCUGGCGCUGGCGCGUCCGAAGCCAGGUGUUUUUCAGGGCCACAUCAAUUACAUGCUGAUCGUGGCGACGGUGGUCGACAUCUCGCUGUUUGCGGUCAGCUCGAUCGGGCAUGAAGUCUGCGUCACGCCGGAUGCCAUCUACAAGGUUGAUCUCGAAAAUUCCAUCGUCAACGAUAUUGUCGCCACCGACAAUGGGCGUAUCUUUUUCGUGGCGGACGAUGCGCUCUUCGAGCUCGAAUACACGGAUAGCGCGUGGUUCGGCAAGAACUGCAAGAAGAUCAACCGGUCCACAAAUCUCCUCCAGAGCUUCAUCCCAUUCCUGCAGCCCGUUGCUGAGGAGAUCCUCCAAGUGUGCAUCGAUCGCUCCCGCAACAUCCUCUACACGCUGUCGGUGAAGGGUUCGAUCAACGUAUACGAUCUGGGCAUCAACGAGAAGACUUGCACGCGGGUGGCGACGAUGGCCGCCGAGCAUAUUAAGCACGUCGCCUCGCAACUCACCAAAGGGCAGCACGACCCCAGCCUCUUCAGCCCGAUCAUCUCCAUUUCGGUGCUUAUGGACUUUCCGAUG